ACAGGACAGGACGGCAAAUCGCCAUCAGGACAGGGAGGGCAACCAGCCAGUUCACCACCAGCCAUUCACUUCCCCACACGGCCAGACCAACCGAGAUCGGCCACCGCCACAAAGCUCAAAACCAAACACGCCUUCAGCUCAUAACUCCAUCCCCCGUCGGUGCUGCUCCAAACCACCAGCGCAAGCUGAUGCCUCUGCCAUGGCGGGCUCUGACCCUCACCGCAGCCAUCCUCCUCCUCGUCUCUUCUUCUCCCCUGUCCUACGCUGCCGCCGCCUCGCCCUACCCGGCUCCGGCUCCCGCGCCGCACCACUCGCCCCCUCCGCGGCAGCCGGCCGCGUCCGCCAACUGCCCCCGCGCCGCUCCGCCGCCCCCGUCGCGACACCGCGCCGCGCACCGUCGUCGCGUGCAUCGGCUCAACUUGGGCGAGAGGCUCGGGAUCGCGCUGGCCGGCGUGGCCGUCGCAAUGCAGGUGGCCCUCGGCGCGUUCCUCGCGGUGCGCGCGCGGCAGCUGCGGCGGGCCGUCUAGACCGAGGAAGAGGCGGCGGCGUGACCGGCGAUUUCUUGCAGCCUGGAGAAGAAUUCCUAUCAGACGUUGUUUGUACACUAGCCUGCCUCUCUCUCUGGCUCACGCGCGCAGGGUGGGUGUGAUACGUGAUCUGAGUAGCGCCAUUAAAAUUGUUGAUCCGAAGCGCGUCAAAUGAAAUCUAUGAUGGUUUCGCACUCGCAGCGACGACAUGACAACAUCAGAAUUCAGAAAGAGUACCAACUAGCUUCGAUUAGUGCACUGCAUAGCUGCAUCUCCAUUGCAUGAUUGCUUUGCUCCGAGCUCGACUUGGAACGCCGAUUCGUCUCUCCCCUCGUUGCGUCAAGCACCUCCUCGACGCAAUCAUCUCCGACGCAAUCCGCCAUUUUCCUCCCCUCCCCAUCGCCUUGCUUCACCCAGGAUUUCGCAAUUCGCCAAUUCCGAUUCAGCGCUGCUCCUCGCAGGCGGCGAAGUGCAAGGGCUACGCGGAGGACGCGCGGCUGAGCAACCGGAAGCUGGCGGUCGGCACAUUAAGUUCCGAGUAGUCUUAAUCACAAAAUAUCUAUAUUGGUCAAAAAA